AUGUCUUUUCAAUCGGCCAUUCGAGUCGCGCACGACAUCUACGACCACCCUGCCGCUUCUCCAGCAGCCUCUGUACCAAGCCUGCUCCGCCGCAGAGCAUCAUACCGCAUCUUCACGCCUAUUUCCCAGGUGACCCGAGUCCCUUCCUUAACUAGAGGUCAUCCAAGUUACUUGGAUAGUUGUAACACCUAUCCAGAGUUGUUGAACUUCAAGGACCCGAAUUACUGGAAUACUUACCUAGCACGGGUACAGGCACUACUGAGGCGUCCUUAUGCGCGAUGGUUCUUAACCAUGGGGGGAAUUCUAUGGCGUCUUGCACUCCAAUUCAGCCCACCUUCCCUUCUGAAUGAUGCUCUCACAGGCCUCUCUUUGGAUGUCACGACAUGGGGAAUAGGAGAAGUCAACGGUCAAUCAUGGGACGAUUCUGUGACUGCGGCGGACAUCGCGAUGUUGAUUGGUGUUUCAGGAACUGGAUCUUGUUGGCUGCCCCACGAUGUCUGGAAUUCGUCUUGCCAAUGGAAAGGGUUUUGGUCAGACACAGAUGAGCAGUGGUUUCAAUCGCACCUUGGGAACUUAUCCUCUGGAAAUACGGAAGCUGGCAAGACCCGCAAGGAUUGGAAGCAUUUUUUCAGGCCCAUAUCAGCAGCAAGGUCAGCAGCAAGGUCGUCAGACGUGUCCAUCUAUGGUUCGGAGGCAUUUGCUCGUGAGUUGUUUGGACAGUUGGGCUUUUGCACAGAUGUGAUCCCUACUUGGAAUUUGGUAUCAGUGGACAGGUAA